CAGAAGUACAUCUCAACUGAACUGAAACUGAACAUCAACAAACCCAAGGCAGCGGAGACUAGAGGAGGGAGGCCCAGCACACCAUAGCACAGCCCAGUCCUGACCAGCCACCGUGAACUUGAGGCAUUGAGAGGAAGGUUCAAAGACCACACCACCUCUUAAAAAAGAAGAAAAGGCCAUUCAGAGGAAAUACAGACGCCAUGUAUCUCUUCGAACAAAUCAAACUGCUUCACGAUAAUGGCUUGCAUUCAAACCUCAUUGCUCUGGGCAGCCUGGUGCUUUCUGUGGCAGAGAACCAGCCCGAGAGUUAUCUGCUGCCAGCUGCACGUUACCAGACCCUGGUGUACGUGGGGCGGGCACUGCAGAGCUUGGGGGAGUACAGGCGCGCCGAGGCCACGCUGAAGGAGGCCCUACAGUAUGCCAAGGCAGCCGCCAAGACCAAAGUGGCCAAGACAACUGACAUGUUCAAGGAGGGACUCACAGAGAUUGAUGUGAAGUACGCCAUGGCAGAGUGCAACAUGGCAGUGCGGCAGUACAGCCAGGCCCUCACCGUGCUGGAAUCCAUCCCGCAGCGCCACCGCACCCCUAAGGUCAACAUGAGGAUGGGCCGCCUUUACCAGCAGGUGGGCAUGGAGCGCCCUGCCAUCACCGCAUACAAGGAGGUGCUCAAGGAGUGUCCCCUGGCCUUGGAAGCUGUCCAGGAGCUGCUGAGCCUCGGGGUUCGGGGUGCUGAGGUCGCCUCUCUCAUGAUAAACAUACAUGGGAGUUGUGCCGGAACUGAGUGGUUGUCAAUGUGGGUGAAAGGACAUGCAUAUUUACACAGUAGGGACUAUACCAAUGCCAUCAGUUCUUUCAAGCACCUCGAGGAGAACUCUGCCCUGAGUCGUAAUGUUGACAUUCUGGCCACCUUAGGGGAAACUUACUACCUUGCUGGGGACUCCAAGAAUGCACUCACCUACUUACAAAGGGCUCAUGUACUGAACCACCUAAACCUGCGGGGAACAGACCUGCUGGCGUGUCUCCUGGCUGCCGAGAAGAGGAACCGUGAGCUGGAGGAGCUGGCCAUGUCCACCACAGCAGUGACAGACACAGCCCCUCAGCCCUGGAUCACAAUGGGCUACUACUGCCAGCUCAGUAAACGCACCACCAAAGCUAUAUAUUUUGCUCAUAAGGCAUGCUCAAUCAACCCCCGCAGUAUUGAGGGUCUGCUGCUGAAGGGAACGUUACUCCUGGAGCUCAAAAAGCUGCAGGAGGCCGUCAUGCACUUUAGGGAAGCUAUGCAGAUCGCACCACAUCGAUUUGAACCCCAUAAAGGAUUAGUUGAUUGCUAUCUCGCCAUGCAUCGGUCCAGAGAAGCUGUGGCCAUAGCCAGCAAUACCUGUAAACUGUUAGGUCAAACUCCACGUGCCCUCACUUUGUAUGCAUCCGUUCUGGUCAAAGAUUCACUGACAGUCAGCAAAGGGAAAAGUUUAUUAGAAAAGGCAUUGAAAGAAGACUCAUAUCAUCUUCCAGCUGUUUAUCUUCUCUGUGAACUGUAUGAACAGGAUUUGCGAUAUGAGUCGGCAAUUGAGUUACUAAGGAAGCAGGUGGCGGUGCAGUCAACGAGUCGCUUGCACCAGAUGUUAGCAGAUUUCUUCUCCCGGGUGCACGACGAGGAGAAGGCGGCGCACCAUUUUGGCAUCGCCCUGAACCAUGAGCCAAGCAACACCAGAGCACUAGAGGGGAUGCAGAAGAUGGAGGCUGCGCCAGAUGCCGUGGAGACGCCUCCCUACGACAUGGAGGUGGAGGACAUAGGAGACUCGGAGGGGGAGGUGGAGGAGAGCGACCUGGAAGCCGUUUGGUCUGAUGUAGAUUUCUCAUUCAGUGGACAGUAGCACACGUCUCCCUGUGUGAGCCGCAGCACUGCCCUGUGAGUGAUGCUGCUGGGCCACCAGUGUGCUGUGCCCUCAUCCCACCUGUCAUGUGGAAGCCUCCCUGACUCACCUCACUGACAUGCCAUGCUGGAUGUCGCCACUGUCACUGCCUCCUACCAUUGUCUGCUGGAUCAGCUGGGAGGUUUGUGCAGAUACUUAGCAUUGUCAUUGUUUACACCAAUUGACCAUAGUAAGAAUAUUCCCAAAAUAUGCAAUAGUGAGAUGAAGGCAAUGGUUGAAUGAAGGUUAUCUGUAGUGCUGGAAAAUAAGCGAUUGGUUACACUAAUGCCGUAUGACCAUAGUAAAAAUAGUAACAAAAUAUGUAAUAGUGAGAUCAAGGCAGUGGUUGAAUGAAGGUUAUGUGUGGUGCUGGAAAAUAGAGUAAACUAGGAUCUGAGGCAAAUAAACACAAGUCACAUCAGGAAUGCAAGCAGUGUGGAAGGAACAGUGGGGGAUGAGUGAAGGCGGUUCCUCUUAAUGGAAUGGAGACUAAACGUCACACUGUACUUGAAUACUUUAAAGAACAUUUUGUAUUUGAUGCCAUUUUAUGUGGAAGUGGAAGGCCAGCAAUCUUGCCUGUGUGUAGUGUGUGUCUGUGCCUAGCGUAUGUAUGCAUAAUGCAUGAGUGUAGUGUGUAUGUGGGGUGUGUGUAGUGUGAAAAGUGUGUGUGUGCUAAAAGAGACUGUACAUGUUCUUUAUCACACCCUAAGGACAAACUAAUGAAGAUUUUUAAUAAUAAUAAUAAACAAUGUAUCAAGAGACCAACUAAUGAAGAUUUUUAAUAAUAAUAAUAAACAAUGUAUCAAGAGACCCCUGUGCAAGCAGUCCCAAGGCCUCCCAACCUCUGGGUAAUAGAUAAAUGCCAGAAUGUACACCUCAGCACCUGGUGGAAGGCUGCAGCUAAGCAACACUUGAAGAGCCAAAUACUAUGUUAAUAUCUUUUAUUUAUUAAUCUUAAAACACUAGUGAAUGGCUUUCAUGUAACUCAGCACAGUGAUUCAGGAGCUGUACAUAUGACUUGGUAUUUCCUUGUAUGUUUACGUGAUAAGAUUUAUAUUUAUUUUGUUGAAAUAUGAUACAACAGUA